AUGUUCUUGCUAAUUCUUUUAAUAUCCAUUGCAUCGUCUUUUUACACCAUCAAAGAUGGAAAGAUCAUUGAUGAAUCAACACAAAAAGAGUUUCACGUGAAAGGGAUUGGGUUUACAAACAAUUGUUAUGACACUUAUUGGUAUGAACACCCCAAAAUGGACCACACCAACGAGAGUUACUCAGACGUUUUCUCUCGUGGCUUUAAUUCGGUUCGUUUUUACAUGAAUUCAAAAGUCUUUCAAGCAGACGAUUAUUCCAUUCGACCAACAGCUUGGCCGUGGCUAGACAAUGAAAUAUCCCAAGCCAAGAAAGCACAUAUCAAAUUAAUUUUGAAUAUGCAUCUCAAUCAAGAGGGGUAUGCCUCUCAAGGAAAAAUAUUUACUCCUGGUGUAUCUCAGAACCAGUUUUUCAACCUCUGGGCACUUAUUGCAGAACAUUGCAAAGACGAAGAAACUGUUUUAGGAUUCGGUCUGAUCAACGAGCCAAAUAUACAGUUUGACACAAACGCUCAGACGACUCUUCAAACGUACCAAGACUUCAUUGAAACCACAGUCAAGGGCAUUAGACAGACAGACAACAAUCACUUGAUCUUUUUAGAGACGGUUGGGUUCUUGAAUGGAGAUGGAUCUUCAUAUAAGGAAUAUGGUAACUUAUUUACUAUAAAUGAUAGUAAAACGGUGUAUGAAUCACACUACUAUUCCCCAAUAGACUAUACACACCAGAAUGCAUCCUUUAAUUCACAAUUUAGUUCAAUUCCAGCGAUUCAGUACAGUGAAGAAAAUUACUUCACUGAAGGAAAGAGAGUGUGGAAGAAGUGCCUGAACACGCAAAGCUACGACACAAAUAAACAGAACACUUGGCAGAAGUUGAGCGCAACAUUGAAAGUUGAAGGGUUUGAUACUAAUGAGUACUUCAUCUAUUUUUGGGCAAGCAAUAUGAAAAGCGGGUACGCCCUCUUUGACGACUUCACAAUAACAGAGAAGGACGGAGAAAGUGUUGUGUGGACAAAGAAGUACGAUUUUAAUAGUAAAGUGCUUAUCAAUUACUGGAGCAGUCCAUAUAGUGGGUCACAAGAGUAUAGUACUAAUGAGGGAAGAGAUGGCUCUGGAGCGUAUAAAGUUAGUGGAGUGACGUCGACUGCCCAAGUUGAAAUUAAGGAAUUCUUCUACCCAACGAGCGGAAGAACUUACACGAUAGAAGGAUAUGUCUAUGGCACUGAAUUGAACACAGACGUUAGUUUACAAGUGCGAAUGAACUUUGAGACUGUCGAUUACAUCCACAAAUUUGAUAAAGAGUAUCUUGAGCAUUGUUUACAGACCGUGUUGAAAUUUCAGAGUGACAAGAAUGUGCCUAUAUAUAUUGGAGAGUUCGGAAUUACAAAAUACUGUUUUUGGGAUAGACAAGGCGAAAAAUAUGUCGAAGAUUUCUUGGACAUCUGCGAAAAACACAACUUGAACUUUAAUUAUCACGAUUACCAUGACGAUAACUUCGGAUUGUACCAGACUGGGUCAUAUUCGGAAAUUGGCGAUUUAAAUAAACAACUCGAUGAUGUGUUUCAAACUAAAUUACCAAAUAUGUGGAAAUCGGAUGAAGAAAACAGUAGUUCUGUCGGAUUGCUGGUGCUCUUUGGUGUUAUGAUGUUACUAGUUUUAUAG